AUGGCUGGAGGAGGAUUCUCCGUCGAUACACCGGUUACCGCCAUCAACGUUGGUGGCAAGUUAACACUCUCCAUCAUCAUUACCUGCAUAGUUGCUGCUUCCGGCGGCCUUCUUUUCGGCUAUGACAUCGGAGUUUCAGGAGGCGUGACAACGAUGGUGCCGUUUCUUCAAAAAUUCUUCCCUGAAAUUCUAAGAAAGGCUGCCGGAGCCCAAGUGAACAUGUAUUGUGUGUAUGACAGUCAAGUGUUGACAUUAUUUACAUCUUCUUUGUAUCUAGCUGGUUUAGUUUCAUCGCUUGCUGCGAGCAAAGUUACGACGAUGUUUGGUCGGAGAAACGUCAUCAUAUUGGGUGGUAGUGUGUUUCUUGUAGGUGGUGCCAUUAAUGGAGGUUCUGAAAAUAUUCCAAUGCUUAUAUUGGGUCGUGUUUUUCUUGGAUUAGGGGUUGGUUUCACUAAUCAAGCUGCACCAUUGUAUCUAUCAGAAAUCGCUCCUCCAAAGUGGCGAGGCGCUUUCAGCACAGGCUUUCAAUUCUUCUUAGGAGUAGGCGUCGUUGCCGCCGGCUGCAUAAACUUCGCCACCGCCAAACACACAUGGGGAUGGAGACUAUCUCUCGGUCUCGCCGUCGUCCCUGCAGCCGUCAUGGUAAUCGGCGCCUUCCUCAUAACCGACACACCCAGCAGCUUGGUUGAACGUGGCAAGAUAGACCAAGCCAGAAAAUCCUUACAAAAAAUCAGAGGAUCCUCCGUCGAUAUAGAACCUGAGCUAGACGAACUUAUUAAGUGGAACGAGAUCGCAAAAUCAGUAAAACAAGAACCCUUUAAAACCAUAUUAAAAAGAGAGUAUCGACCUCAUUUGGUCAUGGCAUUCGCAAUCCCGUUUUUUCAACAACUUACUGGGAUUAACAUUGUUGCUUUCUAUGCACCUAACCUCUUUCAAUCUGUUGGUUUGGGACAUGAUACUGCUUUACUUUCUGCCAUUAUACUCGGUGUUGUUAAUCUUGCUUCUAUCCUUAUCUCUACCGGCAUUGUUGAUCGUUUCGGUCGAAGAUUCUUGUUCAUAACCGGUGGUAUUAUGAUGUUUAUUUGCUUGAUGGCGGUGUCCAUUCUGCUGGCAGUGGUGACUGGUGUUCAUGGUACAAAGGAAAUAUCAAAGGGAAACUCAAUAUUGGUAUUGGUGCUAUUGUGUUUCUACGCUGCUGGUUUUGGUUGGUCAUGGGGUCCUCUAACAUGGCUAAUUCCGAGUGAGAUUUUUCCAUUAAAUAUAAGAAGCACUGGACAAAGCAUAGCUGUUGCUGUGCAAUUAAUAAUAGUAUUUGUGUUAUCGCAAACGUUCUUGACUAUGUUAUGUCACUUUAAAUUUGGAGCCUUUUUGUUCUAUGGGGGUUGGGUUGUUGUGAUGACGUUUUUUAUUAUAUUUUUCUUGCCUGAGACUAAGGGAAUUCCUUUGGAGUCUAUGUAUACUAUAUGGGGCAAACACUGGUUUUGGUCUCGGUAUGUUAAAAGAGAAGAGGUCCAAGAAAACCAUCCAUGA